AUGGCUAACGAACAACCACCACCCACCAAUUCAAAUUCGCCCGGGUUGCAGGGAGUGCCAGACAUGGAAAAAGUAGUUAAUCCAACCUCCUUGAACGAUGUGCGACAGCCUUCACAACAAACGGAUGCAAAUGGUAGUCAAACUUAUCAAGCAUCUAGUAAAGAUUGGGAAUCAAUAAAAGUUUCAAAAAGUGGAGCUAAUAUAUCAAAUUCAAGUGGAAAUAACGUACUUAGUCUUGGUAAUGAAACCUUGGUCACUGGUCAUCAUCAAAGAAUUCUGAUUUCUAAUAAAAAAACUGAUUUGAGUGUGCUGACUAGUUUUCAAAAUGCUUCAAAUUUUGGACAAUAUUCUCCAGCGAAAAGACCACCUGGUUUUAACAAUAUGAGUAAUGGGACAUCGGGAAAUACGAAUGGUGGAGAAUACAACAACAGAGCUUCUUUUGGUCAUAAUUCAGAAAAUUCUUCCAUUCCAGUAGGAUCAGGAUAUAUUCGUAGUAAUAGCAUUUCAGUAAUACCUCAAAGUGUACACAGUGGUGAAGAGGGCUUAGCGUACCAACAAACUCAACAGACUCAACAAAACCUAUAUACUUCUUACGGUAAUUCAUUUCUUGCAACAUCACCUCCCCCGCGAGCUGGUAAAAAUAAUUCUGGUUUUGGAGGAAAUUUUGAAAAUUCUUAUUUUGAGUCCACUCUUAUUAAAAAUCCUCUAUCCGCGUUAGCCGAAGAUAAUGAUCAUGAUUGGGAUAGAGUGAUCCGGACUCCCGGACUCGAAGAUUCGCCAAAGGAAUCCAUUGUUUAUAAGCCUUUGCGAUCUGUAACAUUACCAUCACAAAACGAACUCAAUAACAAUGUUUAUCCAUCUAAUGUCGCGACUGCUGCGACUUCACCCUGGAUACCAUCAUCUAGCUUUACACCUCAAAAUUUAACUAAUCUUUCGUCACAUGCAUUGAACAAUAAUGGUGGAUAUUUUCCACCUCAAAUACAGCAAAAUAAUGAUCAGUAUACGGGUUACAAUGGUGGGUUGUUUGGGUCUAAUAUCAGAAGAUCAUCCACUGCAAACAAUAAUCAAGGCAAUGGCCUUAUUCAUGAUGAUAACAGUCAUGCAAAAUUUGAACAUGGUUUGGGAGGACCUUUAGACUAUUAUGAACCAAAUAUAUCUUCACCAUCUUCCCCAACUGGUUUUUAUCCUCAAUCACAAAUGCAUUAUUCUUUUAGCACAUCUGUAGCAUCAGAGAACUCUCAACGUCGACGUUUAGAUGGAAAUGUGGAUAUUGUAUCUGAUGAUGUUGUUACUGGAAGUAUGGCAUUGUAUGAUCCAAGUAAUGAUGAUAUUAUACUUCCACAACGUGAUACGGGGAAAUAUAAGGAGAAUAAGGACUUUGGGUUAAAAUUAGACAUUCGUAGUCUUCAAACACCAAAUUUAUCUGCCCCUCCUGGAUUAGAGGGUAUUCGUAGCCCGACAUCGCCAAGAUCUGGAAGUAUACUUACUUCCCCUACGCUUAAUUCGGAUCAUAUUGAACAUUAUUAUAGCCCAACAUUAGCUGGACUUACUUCUCCUACCUUAGCAAGCAUUAACGCUUCAAAUCAAAACAUUUUGUUAGGUGGUGUUCGGGAAGAUUUAUCAGGAAAUGUUACUAGUAAUCAUUCAAUUGCUGAUUUAACAAAUUCAUUGAACAAUAUGAGUAUGGGCGGUUCGAAUGGUAAUGUAGUUUCUGAUAUGGGUAAUGUGACAUCACCAGAUCUUUCAGCAGUUCAAGUACCUGGAUCUGCGGUAGCACCUAAACAACAGGCCAAAUUAUCUUGGGCCGCUAUUGCAAAAACUGCUCCUAAGCCACCUCCCGUAAAUACUUCACCUGAGGUACUUGGUACGGCGGUUGGUGCUUAUAGUGCUGCAAUUUCAUCAUCUGCGGUAUCACCGACUUCAACAUAUGCAACUAGGCCAAUGUCUGCCCCAACUGGUGCGUGGGCUAGUAAGGCAAAUAUCGUUGGAACACCUACAGGUAAUGGUAUGAACAAUCUUUUCGUUACAUCGAGUGCAGGACUUUCAACUCCAACCGGUUUAGGACCUCUUUCUAUUCCGACCGCACCAGGAAUAUCCAAGAAAGAUAUGUCAUCAUGGGUUUCGGCUAAGGGAUAUAAUCCCAAAUCUUUUAACUUUAAACCAAAUCACGCAAGAUAUUUUGUUAUUAAGUCUUACACUGAAGAUGAUGUCCAUAAAUCUUUAAAGUACGACAUUUGGGCAAGUACUGAAAUUGGAAAUCGACGUUUAGAUAAGGCCUUCCGCGAAAGUGCUGAUAAAGGCCCAAUCUAUUUAUUCUUUAGUGUAAAUGCUAGUGGACAUUUUUGUGGCAUGGCACAAAUGCUUACCCCUGUUGAUUACACUACUAGUAGCAGCGUCUGGGCUCAAGAUAAAUGGAAGGGUGUCUUCAAAGUAAAAUGGAUUUUUGUAAAAGAUAUUCCCAAUGGACAGCUAAGGCAUAUAAGAGUAGUAAACAACGAGAACAAACCAGUGACAAAUAGCCGUGACACUCAGGAAUUAUUUCCUGAACCUGGACGUGAGAUGUUAAAGAUAUUUUUUGAGUACCGUAGCAAAACAUCAAUAUUGGAUGAUUUUGAGUUUUAUGACAAACGACAAGUUGAAAUGAGAAAAGACGGGAUUGCACCAUUGGUUGGACCAACUAGUCCAGGUGUGGUAACCACAAAUCCUUAUGCUAAUUUGUCAUCACAAAUAACUGGAAACAGUCCAAACACAACGAACAUUAAUUUAAACGGUGGAAGUGGGAAUUGUAGCACUGGUAGUCAAAAUGAUGAAUCUGAAUAA